UGGAUGGAUGGAGGGGAGGAGCCGACUCUGUGCUCUGCGCUGCUGCCUAUUUAUCUGAUUAGAGGACACUUCAGUCAUGUCUCAGCUGCUGCUGCUACUCCACCAGAGGAAAAUGCCUGGGGGCUAUGUGCAGUUCCAUCUCUGGUUAUUAUCCGCUUUUAUCAUUGUGCCAUCUCUGCGUGCCACAGCUACUGGUACAGAACUGUCUCCUAUCCCCCCAGAUAAAUUGUUGGUUUUAACUGUUGCAACACGAGAAACAGAUGGCUUUCACAGAUUUAUGCAGUCUGCAACGCACUUUAACUAUACUGUGAAGGUUCUGGGCAAAGGACUAGACUGGAAAGGUGGAGAUGUGGCUUAUUCGAUAGGCGGCGGUCAGAAAGUGCGACUAUUAAAAGAGGCUUUGGAAGGAUUUACAGAGUAUGAAGAUCUAGUUGUUCUUUUCACAGACAGCUAUGAUGUCAUCUUUGCUGGGGGCCCAGAAGAAGUCCUCAAAGAGUUCCAGCAAACAAACCACAGGGUUGUAUUUACUGCCGAUGGUUUAUUAUGGCCGGACAAAAGACUAGCUGAGAAGUACCCUGUUGUACGCAGUGGCAAGCGAUUUCUUAGCUCUGGAGGAUUUAUUGGAUAUACAUCAAAUAUAAAGCAGAUUGUACAGCAAUGGACAUUGCAAGAUAAUGAUGAUGACCAACUGUUCUACACUAAAAUUUACAUUGAUGAACUUCAAAGGAAACGUAUAAACAUCACAUUGGAUCACAAAUGUAGAAUUUUCCAAAAUCUGAAUGGAGCUAUAGAUGAAGUUGUGUUACACUUUGAAAAUGGAAAAGCCAGAGCAAAGAAUAGCCAAUAUGACACUUUGCCAAUCCUAGUACAUGGAAACGGUCCAACCAAGCUGCAACUAAACUAUUUUGGAAAUUAUAUACCUAAUAUCUGGACCCCUGAAACUGGAUGUGGAACUUGCGACUUAGACACUAUAGAUUUGUCCACAACUAAUGACUAUCCAAUGGUAACAGUCGGAGUCUUUAUUGAACAGCCAACUCCUUUCUUGCCAGAGUUCUUCAAUAGAUUGUUGGACUUGGAUUAUCCCAAAGAAAAACUGUCUAUCUUUAUUCAUAAUAGCGAGGUAUAUCAUGAAAAACAUGUUCAGAAGUUUUGGGAAAAAGCCAAAGGAGUCAUGGGAAAUCUAAAAGUGGUUGGACCAGAAGAAAUAAUAACCCAAGCAGAAGCAAGGAAUAUGGGAAUGGACAUCUGUCGUCAAGACGAACAGUGUGACUAUUACUUUAGCAUUGAUGCCGAUGUGGUGGUGAUAAACCCAAAGAUUUUAAAAUUGCUUAUUGAACAAAACAGAAAAAUCAUUUCUCCCCUUGUGACACGCCAUGGAAAAUUGUGGUCAAACUUUUGGGGUGCUCUAAGCCCUGAUGGAUACUAUGCAAGAUCUGAAGAUUAUAUAAAUAUUGUACAAGGCAACCGAGUAGGUGUAUGGAACAUUCCAUAUAUGGCCAAUGUGUAUCUGAUUAAAGGGCAAACUCUGAGGUCAGAAUUAAAGGAGAGAAACCAUUUUGUUUUGGAUAGAAUGGAUCCUGACAUGGCACUAUGCAGAAAUGCUAGGGAAAUGAGUUUACAAAGAGAAAAAGACUCCCCAUCUGCGGAAAAUUUCCAUAUGUUCAGACCCCCAAAGGGUGUUUUCAUGUACAUAACAAAUCGGCAUGAAUUUGGAAGAAUUAUUUCAACAGCGAAUUACAAUUUGACUCACUAUAACAACGACCUCUGGCAAAUAUUUGAAAAUCCUGUGGAUUGGAAACUGAAGUAUAUAAAUGCCAACUACUCAAGGAUCUUUACUGAUAACAUCGUUUUAGAGCCAUGCCCAGAUGUGUUUUGGUUUCCAGUUUUUUCUGAACAGGCCUGUGAUGAAAUUGUAGAGGAAAUGGAGCACUUUGGACAAUGGUCCGGCUCAAAGAACAGUGAUAUACGAAUAGCUGGAGGAUAUGAGAAUGUUCCAACAGAUGAUAUUCACAUGAGCCAGAUUGGGAUGGAGAAUGAGUGGCUUCACUUCAUUAGAGAAUACAUUGCUCCUGUAACACUGAAAGUAUUUGCUGGCUAUUACACCAAAGGCCGUGCAUUUCUUAAUUUUGUGGUAAAAUAUACUCCAGAGCGACAAGCAUACCUGAGGCCACACCAUGAUGCUUCAACGUUUACCAUAAACAUAGCUCUCAACACCAAAGACACAGAUUUUCAGGGCGGAGGUUGCAGAUUUUUUAGAUACAACUGCUCCAUAGAUGCCCCAAUUAAAGGGUGGAGCUUUAUGCACCCGGGCCGACUCACACACUUACAUGAAGGGCUUCCUGUUACCAAUGGCACCAGAUAUAUUGCAGUGUCCUUUAUUGAUCCCUAGACUUUGGCAGACUCCUGGACCCAGCGGCAAAUACUUGGCAUUUUUAAAGAAUAGGUUUUUAUUUAUAGAAGUUUUUUUCCAAAUCAAAGUAUUUACUACUGUUAAUAAAAUAACAGAAAAGAAAAUGGUGUAUUGGCAACUGUAAAAAUGUGCAGUGUUUCAUGGUCUGUAGGUUAAAUCACUCGCUAUAACUGUAUUUUAGAACUACAAAUCCAAGAAUUCUCAGAUAGCUAGUGUAAAUCUAAUAUGAUAGUGACACAUGCUUCUCAAUUGCUAUGGUUUUAAAAUUUUUACUAGUGUUACUGGCCUGAAGUCAUGAGCAUUCAAUUUUCCGCUUAUCGGUUCAGCAAGAACUAGUGACAGUGCCUCGUACAUCACUGAUGUCACUAUUUCACAGCGAUGUCACUAAUUUGUGGGGUAACGCAAUAAGCGGUGAGGUGUUCUAUUAGUGACCGGUACACUGUAAAUUAUAACCAUUUCUUUUCAGUUAUACAGUUUAUACAGAGUGCAGGGAAUAACCCUGCUAUAAAUUUACAUUUUAAAUGAUUUUUUUUUAUUAAAUUAUCUAAUGUUCACAUUUUUAUUUGCACUACAGUCCUUUUUUUUCAUUGCUUUUAGUAUUUGAGAUGUCACAAAAAUUGAGUCUGCAAUCAAAACUGAUUUUGCCACAAAAGAGCUGUCAAAGUAGAUAUAUUUAUUGUGGCAAACUUUCUUUGUAUUAAAAAAACAAAAUGACUAUGAUUAGGUAUUUUUGCACAGUGAUUUACUUUACAGAUGGUGUUACUUUUUUAGUCAAAUUGGUUCAAUCAAAUUAUCUGCGAAAACAUUGCGGGUGCGAGUUAUUGCAGCUGUAUGCCGCACUUACGGUACCGCCGACUUGUGGUACUGGGGCACUAAAAGGGGGCCGCAAGUGGUGCGAGUCUGUGUAGCAUUGCCGGCAUUUCAACGCCAUGGCAACAGCAACUUGCACCCUUUACGGGUAAUUAGAUUGACCCCAAUGAAUCUCUGUGCAUUGCAUUACAAGUCAUCAGCAGGAACAGAUUAUUUUGCAAAUCUGUACACCCAGAAACAUUGUUGUAACUCCAGUGUUGUUUUUUCUUAUUCUAACAGAGAACUGCUUACAGUCAGAUAAAGCAAUUUUUUUUAAAAUUUUUUUUAUUUUUCGUUCAAAAACAGCUGGGGCGCCACAUAGGUCAUACCUCUGGUGUAGGCUGUAUUUAGAAAAGCUGAUGUGCUACAUUCUCAACUUUUUAUAUAUAUUUUUUAAUUAAAACAAAAUAAAAAAUUGCAAUUUGCUAUAGUACAGCUGUUUAAGGACAUCUUUGUUAUUCUAGGUAAAGGAAGCAAAUGAAAAUUUUGUAAAUUAAUGAAGUUGUCCAAAAAUAUUUGUACAUUUUUUUUAUUGUUUGUGUGUAUGUGUAGGGGCUUAGAUGGGUGACAGCUUGUGCCUUAAAUACAACAACUGUUUAUUGUCGCAUGGUGAGAUUCAUUUUAGAAGUUCAUAGCUUAUUUUUUUACUUUUUUAUUUACAGCCCUCUACACUUGGUAAAAUAGCAUGGUCUUUUGAAACCAACCUCUUAGCUUUGUUUAGAAUAUACAUGUGAAUUUUACCUUAAUAGACGUAAUCCUGUUUGGCCUUUCUUUUAGUGUUUAGACACAGAACAUAGCACGUGUCAGCAAGCUAAUCCAUGAUUAGGUGAUAAGGUCUUCCAGCACAUGACCAACAUGAUAAAUUACCGAAUGCCCUUUCUAUUCAUAUACCGUAAGAGAUUUAGGUGCUGAUGCAAAGUUGAAUGUAAGCCUAUUUAUGGAGCAUACCUCACAUGCUUUCACUCUGCAUAUCCUCUGAAACUGAGAAUAUACAAGUAUGGGAGAUGUGGCAUUGUAAACCUUUCAGUGGUGUCUGUACUUACAACUAAAUAUAUGUACCCGAGUUGUAACCAAUGGCGGCUCCAGAUAAGGGAGCCAUACCAACUGUCUCCCCAAACAUUGGCAAAUGCCGCCAGCGGUGAUUCACUGACAGUUGGUGUGGCUCCCCUAUUUGAAAUUUGGGCUGUGCUGUAGCCCCACCUCUAGAGCCGCCAAUUGUUGUAAUGGAGUAUUCUCAAGUAGUCAAUUUCUGUGAGGAAGUGCCAAUGCAACUGCAUCCAAUGCAGAGUUUGACACACAGAAGGACGUAUAUUUUGCAUCGAUUUUCAGCUGCAAACAGCUACUGAUGAUAAUAAUGACUUAGCAAACUAAGCAUUCAUAUAGGGCAAUGGGUGCAUCGCAAGAUGCAUACAGCUCUGUAUCCGGGCGAUUAUACACAUUUUCAAUGCACGCAAUUUGGGAAUAACAUAUGCCCAAUUUACUUCCAACUCUGCAUCAGGGCCUUGGGGGUAGAUUUAUCAAACCUUCUAAAGAGGACAUGUAGCGAAGUUGCCCCUAGCAAACCAAUCCGUUUCUAUCUAGAUUAGACUGUAAUUGAUAAAUGAUAGCUUUAAAAGGUUUGGUUGCUAGACGCAUAUACGUCACUUGUCCUCUUUUGAAGGUUUGAUACACCCAUUCCCCCUCACAGAAUAGGCAGUUACACUGAGACUAGUCAAACCAAUAUUAUGCUUCAGUUUUUGAGCAACUAAGGUGCCUGAAAUAUGUCUAUAGAGUCCGUGUAACCGACGGCUUUCUCUGCAAUGUUUUGUAUUCUUCAACUGCAAAGUGCCUGUUUCUUACCUUCCCACGGGACUUACUAGUCACCUUUCCAUCUGAUAUGUAUUCAUUGUAAGAAGGACAAUCAGAUUUUAGAAACAUUUGUACAUUUGAAAAAUAUGCGGCAUAACUGAAUAAGUUUUAUGAAUCUUUCAGUCUACUUGAAUUGUAUGUGGAGCCUGCUGUUAAGUGUUCAUGUUUGUCAUAUAAGGUGCUCUUCUUUUUUAUUUUUUUUUAAAGCAAAACAAAACCAAAUCACACAUGGUGCAAAUCUAACAAAUUGUAUUUAUGUGCAGUACUUGAAGAGAACAACCUUAAUGUCAGUGAUGUCAAGAAUUUGUGAUAAAUAAAUGUUAAUUUAAAAUG